AUGAGACAGGAAAUUCCUUCCCCGGAAGUGACUAGACAUUUUCCCCACCUUCAGGAUUUGGAGGGUCUUAUCCCACCUAUAGACCCCGAUUCAGACAUUGCACUACUCAUUGGACGCGAUCUUCCGAUAGUUCAUCACGUUCUAGACCAGCGCCUCGGUGGUGCUAACUCACCAUUCGCGCAAAAACUUCAUCUUGGUUGGGUGGUGGUAGGCGAAACCUGCCUUGGUAGCGCACACAGACCAAGUCAUGUUAACGUUAACAAGGUCAAUACACUUAAUAAUGGAAGGCCAUCUCUGCUACAGCCAUGCCCCAACGAUUUGGAUAUAUCCUUUACUGGAGACGAAGUUUUCCGUAAGACACUUGAUGAUAACAAGCCAGGGUUAUCUAUACAGGACAAACAAUUUAUGGACAUAAUGAAAUCAGGAUUCAGGAAGGAUGAGGAGGGCAACUGGGUGGCCCCACUUCCCUUCAAGGUCAACAGGGAGCGACUUCCAGAUAAUCGUCCUUUGGCUUCGAAGAGAGCAAAAUCCCUCUUAGCUAGUAUGAAACGGGAUGAAAACAAGAAACAGCACAUGGUGGAGUUCAUGCAGAAAAUUCUGGACAAGGGGCAAGCGGAAAUUGCGCCCGAGCUCGCAAACAACCAGGAAAGAUGGUAUCUUCCAUUGUUCGGGGUAUAUAACCCAAAGAAGCCGGACACUAUCAGAGGUGUAUUUGACUCUUCAGCGAAGUUUGAAGAUGUUUCGCUGAAUGACGUUCUGCUCACUGGUCCGGACACAACGAACAGUCCUCUAGGCAUUCUGUUGCGCUUCAGGAAAGGACCGGUCGCCAUAACUGCCGACAUAGAACACAUGUUCUAUUGUUUCCGCGUGGAGGAACAACACAGGGAUUAUCUACGGUUCUUCUGGCACAGAGACAAUAAUCCCGAACUUGAGUUAGUUGAAUACAGGAUGACUGUUCAUGUAUUUGGCAACAGUCCCUCCCCGGCUGUUGCCACCUUUGGGCUAAGGAAAUCUGUCGAGAGCGCGGACUCUGAUGUCAAGGAAUUUGUGUCACAAAACUUCUAUGUCGACGAUGGACUCGUCUCUGCUGAUGAUGCCAAGACAGGCAUUGAUCUCAUGAAGCGCACUCAGUCGACCCUAGCACGUGAAGGCAAUCUGAGAUUGCACAAGAUUACUUCCAGCAGCAAGGAGGUACUUGACGCCUUUCAGCCAAAUGACUUGGCCAAGGGACUAAAGGGUCUAGAGUUAGGAAAGGACAUCAUACCCCUCCAGAGGAGUCUAGGUCUCGUGUGGAACGUAAACAAUGAUACCUUUACCUACCAAGUGUGUCCCGAUACGCAACCCUUCACACGUCGAGGUGUGCUUUCCACCGUCAACAGUCUGUUUGAUCCGUUGGGACUCAUUGCUCCGGUAGUGAUUCGAGGAAAGCUUAUCCUUCGGGAUCUUAUGGCGUGUGGUUCAACUGUUGGCUGGGACGAGCCCUUGCCAUCAGACCGCGAAGCAGAGUGGAAGACGUGGCGAGAUUCCCUCGUUUCACUAGAGGAUGUAAGGAUUCCGCGAGUCUGCUCAACCUUUCUCCGUAUCGCUGUUUCUCGGAGGGAGCUCCAUACGUUUGCCGACGCAUCCCAGGAUGCUAUUGCUGCAGCGUCCUAUCUGAAGACUUUCAACAUCAGUGGCAGCACAGAGGUCAGUUUCGUUUAUGGGAAGGCAAAGGUCGCGCCACAAAAGGGUCACACAAUCCCUCGUUUAGAACUUUGUGCGGCAGUGCUUGCUGUUGAGAUCGCUCAAACAGUCAUCGAGCAACUAGAUAUUACGCUAGAUGCCGUCCGUUUCUAUUCUGACAGCCAAGUCGUCCUCGGUUAUAUUCACAACGAGGAAAGAAGGUUUUACGUGUAUGUGUCAAACCGCGUCGAGAAGAUAAGGGCUUUCUCUACGCCCGAUCAAUGGACUCAUGUGUCUACCCACUGCAACCCUGCCGAUGUGGCUACCAGAUCUGUACAUGCGAAGGACAUUCAAACUAGUCCAUGGGUGAAGGGCCCCGGACUUCUCGAGGAAGAAAUUGUAGAAGUGACUUACCCCCUUCUCCAAGUUGAAACCGAUAAAGAGGUAAGGCCUGAUGUCACCUCUCACAAAACAUCUUCCAGGGAAAUUCAGCGUUUGGAUGGAAUACGGUUUCAGAGGUUUUCUUCGUGGACUCGUCUGGUUCGAGCCGUUUCCUUAUUGAAACACAUUGCACGCACCCAUGCUAGGAACGAAAAACACUGCAGUGGUUGGCAUUGGUGCACUACCCACAAGAACGUCGACAUGUUCCAAGAGACCGAGCGUGUUAUCAUUAAACAAGCACAGCUCGAUUCCUACCAUGUUGAGAUAAGCUGUCUACAGAAUGGGGAAAGACUUAACUCCAGUAGUCCCCUCCUACCACUCUCACCUUACCUCGAUGAGCACGGCAUCCUUAGAGUGGGAGGUCGACUUAACAGAGUCAAGGAUCUUGCGAGCGGCGAAGUAAACCCCGUGAUAGUACCCAAGGGACACCACAUUGCCACGUUGCUUGUCCGUCACUAUCACAGCUCCGUUCAACAUCAGGGAAGAACAUUCACGGAAGGAGCGCUGAGGGCAGGUGGCUUCUGGAUCAUUGGUGGCAAAAGGUUGAUCUCCUCCCUGUUGCGUAGCUGCGUCAAGUGCAAGAAACUUAGAGGAAAGGUCGAACACCAGAAAAUGUCGGAUCUCCCAUCUGACCGCACAACACCAAGUCCUCCUUUCACGUAUGUGGGAGUUGACGCUUUCGGGCCGUGGUCGGUGACCACACGACGCACUAGAGGUGGAGCAGCCAAUUCCAAAAGAUGGGCAAUAAUGUUCUCCUGUCUUGUUACUCGGGGAGUGCAUAUCGAGGUGGUGGAAGAACUCUCUUCGUCCUCUUUCAUCAAUUCACUACGACGAUUCAUAGCACUUCGUGGGCCCGUCAAGGUCUUCAGAUCGGACUGUGGCACCAACUUUGUUGGGGCAACAGGGGAACUCGGUAUGUGCACAGUAAACGUGGAGGAUAAGGACAUUGAGAGCUUCCUUCUCGAACACAAGGUUGUGUGGAAGUUCAACCCUCCCCACGCGUCAAACAUGGGAGGGGCCUGGGAGAGGAUGAUUGGUCUUGUCCGGAGAAUCUUAGACUCUAUGUUACGCGAGGUUCAAGGGAGACCACUUACUCACGAGGUUUUGUGCACGCUUAUGGCUGAGGUUUGUGCCAUCAUUAACAGCAGACCUAUUACACCUGUAUCAAGCGACCCCGAGUCACCAAGCAUACUGUCUCCUAACGCGCUUCUAACUCAGAAAGUGAACCCGGACGUGGCACCAUUUGAGGAGCUUCAACUUCAAGAUAUGUACAAAUCUCAAUGGAAGCAGGUUCAGGUGUUAGCCAAUCAGUUCUGGAAAAGGUGGAGAAGUCAAUACCUGCAGAAUCUUCAGUCGCGGCCAAAAUGGAAACGAGAACGCGAAAAUCUCCAGGAAGGGGAUUUGGUUCUUAUGAUGGACUCUUGUGUCCCUCGGAAUCAGUGGCCUGUCGGCCUUGUCGAAAAGAUAUUUCCAAGUUCGGACAGUCUUGUGCGGAAAGCAGCAGUUCGUGUGAUGCGAGACUCGACACCAGUGACUUACUUCCGUCCGGUUAUGCAGUUAGUGUUAUUGUCUUCGGAAUGA